ACCAUGUCCGGCCCCUCGAUACAUUUCACGCUCCCACACCGAUCGCUCUUCAAAUUCCCGCCAGACGAUCUACCAGCUGCUCUCCCUCCGCCAUCUGACGAGGCCACAUGGAAGUCCCCGUUUCCCAUCGACUUUGAUGUCUUUAACCGCGCAUUGGACGUAAAAGUCCCCAUUACCAUCGCCUCGACCUAUGUCAUCACUGUCCUCUUGAUCAACGCAUACAACAGACGCCAGGGAAACAAGCCAUGGGCCAUUAGCAAAACUCGCGUUUUCAAGUUCUUCGUCGUUCUGCACAACGUCUUCUUGGCUGUCUACUCCGGUGUCACCUUCUAUGCCAUGUGCCGUGCUAUCAACGCGACCUGGCCUGGUCUUGAUAACAGCGCUGGUCUGGCUGGUGUCGCCGAUUCUCUGUGCAAGAUCAACGGCCCUCGUGGUCUAGGCGAUGCUGUUUACUACAAUGCAACCUCCAACCUCUGGCAGACCCAGAAUGCCAUGAUCAAGUUGCUGCCAGAAGGUACUCCCGACACUACCGAUGUUGGUCGCUUGUGGAACGAGGGUCUUGCAUUCUGGGGCUGGUUCUUCUACCUGUCCAAGUUCUAUGAGGUUAUUGACACGGCCAUUAUUGUCGCAAAGGGCAAGAGAAGCGCUACCCUGCAGACCUACCACCACGCAGGCGCCAUACUGUGCAUGUGGGCUGGUAUCCGCUACAUGUCACCUCCUAUUUGGAUGUUUGUCUUUAUCAACUCUUUCAUCCAUACUCUCAUGUACACUUAUUUCACGCUCUCUGCCAUCAACGUUCGCGUUCCUAAUUCUCUGAAGCGCACUUUGACUACCAUGCAGAUCACUCAAUUCUUGUUCGGCGCAUCUUACGCCGCACUCCACCUGUUUGUCAAGUAUGACAUUCCCAUUGCGACUGCAUACAGCAUCUUCCAUCCUAUUUCAUCGGCUAUGGCAAAGGCUUCUUCCACCGCUUCUAGCGUUGUCUCAGCCGUUCCAGCCGAGACCUACGGUGCUAUCCUUCGCCGUAUUCUUCUUCGUGCUGCUGGUGACGAAGGUGUCGCCGAAAACGUUCGCGACAAGCAAGGAAACAUCAUCAUGGAGAAGGCACAGGAAGCGAUCCAGAAGUAUCACGAAGAGACGCGCUACAGAACCGACUACACCACCAUCGACUGCAUUGACACUACUGGUCAGAGUUUCGCCGUGUGGUUGAACCUUCUUUACCUUUUCCCCUUGACCAUUCUCUUCGUUCGUUUCUUUGUUAAGGCCUAUUUGUUCCGCAGUGGCUCAAGCAAAUCGAGAAGCAAGCGUCACUCUGUCAGCCGCGCCACCAAGGAUGCUGCACAUGGAACCAACCGCGAGGUCGAACACGCUGGCAAGGCAGUCGAGAAGAAGCUCAGCCAC